CCUCCGCUGGCUUGCACCCAUAUCGUCCCUAUAUAUAGCCACUAACCUGCCCUGCAUUGUGUGUGCUUUCAAAUAAUACCUCUCUUGUGAUAUCUUCUAAUUGUUUGUGGUUCAAAUUAUAUCUUGGUACUUUUCCUUCUAAGGGCUUUUGGGAGUGCUUAUUCAGCACCUGCAAGCAUGGCCACCAAGAGGAUUGUCAAAGAACUGAAGGAUUUGCAGAGGGACCCCCCAACCUCUUGCAGUGCAGGUCCUGUUGCAGAAGACAUGUUUCAUUGGCAAGCAACCAUAAUGGGACCUAACGAUAGCCCUUACUCUGGGGGCGUCUUCCUUGUUACGAUCCAUUUCCCACCUGAUUAUCCAUUUAAACCACCAAAGAUUGCAUUUCGGACUAAAGUCUUCCAUCCAAACAUAAACAGCAACGGAAACAUUUGCUUGGACAUUCUGAAGGAGCAGUGGAGCCCUGCACUCACCAUAUCAAAGGUUCUUCUGUCCAUAUGCUCACUGCUCACCGACCCGAACCCUGAUGAUCCUCUCGUUCCUGAGAUCGCCCAUUUGUGCAAGACUGACAGAAACAAAUAUGAAGCCACCGCUCGCAGCUGGACUCAGAAGUAUGCAAUGGGCUAAAUACCUUUUACAUGCACCGAGAACAGUACACAGAGUAUACCAAAAUAGAUUAUGUUACCCGGUUCUUUCCAAAUAAGAUUUUACUUCUAUUCA